AUGGCUCCGCAAGACCCCGGUCGCCCCGAGGACAAGCCCGAAGGCUUGUCCAAGUAUAUCAAGCGCAUGAAAACCGUCCUGCGCCCUCGCUCUGGCUCCAAACGUCAAUCGGUUGCCGCUACUCCUGAUGUCGCUCAAUCCAGCCAGUCCGCUGCUCCAGCGACUGUCCCUGCCAGAAAGCCAACAGCUGCCCCCGAGCAACCCGCCAUGCUCACCGACUAUAGCGUCAUGCAGCAGGAAAAGGCGCGCGCCCUUUUCGCCAAAUACGGCCUGACUCUCGACCCCGGCGAAUGGAAGGCUCCCACCGGCGACGUCGAAUUGACCCGGGUCACCAAGCCUAUUCGCAUGCGAGUUCGUCGAACCUGCCACCGCUGCGAAACCACCUUUGGUCCCGAGAAGGUCUGCGUCAACUGCCAACACCCGCGCUGCACCAAAUGCCCUCGCUUCCCACCCGCCAAAGAGAAGACUAAAGGCGAGCGCGAACUGGUCCCCAAGACCAAAAUCGGUGAAAUCCGCUCUCGCCAGCGCGGCGCUCUCCCUCUUGCACCGCACUUCAAGUAUACCGGCAACCCGGAUGUUCCUCUUACUAUACCAUCGCGCUCGGGCGGCCAGGAUCUCGUUCGCAAGGAAGUGGUUCAGCGAGUUCGACGCACUUGUCAUAUCUGUAAGACGGUCUUUGUCAAGGGCUCCAAGGAAUGCGCUUCUUGCAGCCAUAUUCGCUGCAAGAGAUGUCCACGAGAACCGCCCAAGCUCGACAAGUAUCCGGACGGCUAUCCUGGCGAUGUCGACCCGCCCAAACUGAAACCCGACCGAACGUUCAAGUCACCACAGCGUCGGGUACAUUACAUAUGUCACGUCUGUGAAACUCAGUAUAAUCAAGGGGCAAAUAAUUGUUCGAAAUGUGGACAGGCGAAAUGUGCCGCCACUAUACGAAUUCCACCCAAGAAAGUCAAACGAGAACCCGACCCAGCUGUACUCGCCAGCGUCGAGGCAAAAUUAAAGAGCCUAGCUAUCCGUGAUACCCAGGAUUAA